AUGGGUGACUGGAGUUUCCUGGGGAACAUCUUGGAGGAGGUGAAUGAGCACUCCACAGUCAUUGGCAGAGUCUGGCUCACGGUGCUCUUCAUCUUCCGGAUCCUCAUCCUUGGCACGGCUGCAGAGUUUGUGUGGGGGGAUGAGCAGUCUGACUUUGUGUGCAACACCCAGCAGCCGGGCUGCGAGAAUGUCUGCUAUGACGAGGCCUUUCCCAUCUCCCACAUCCGCCUCUGGGUCUUGCAGAUCAUCUUCAUCUCUACUCCAUCCCUGGUGUAUGUGGGACAUGCCGUGCACUAUGUCCGCAUGGAAGAGAAGAGGAAGGAGCGAGAGGCAGAGGAGCUGUGCCAGCAGUCUGGGGCCAAUGGGAAUGAGAGGGUGCCCCUUGCCCCAGAUCAGGGCAGCAUCAAGAAGAGCAGCAGCAAAGGCACCAAGAAGUUCCGGCUGGAGGGGACCUUGCUGAGGACCUACAUCUGCCACAUCAUCUUCAAGACCCUCUUUGAGGUGGGCUUCGUAGUAGGCCACUACUUCCUGUACGGUUUCCAGAUCCUCCCCCUCUAUCGCUGUAGCCGGUGGCCCUGCCCCAACGUGGUGGACUGUUUUGUCUCACGGCCCACAGAGAAAACCAUCUUCAUCCUGUUCAUGUUGUCCGUGGCCUCUGUGUCCCUCUUUCUCAAUAUUAUGGAGAUGAGCCACCUGGGCCUGAAGAGGAUCCGGUCUGCCUUCAAGAGGCCUGUAGAGCAACCACUGGGGGAGAUCCCUGAGAAAUCGCUCCACUCCAUUGCUGUUUCCUCCAUCCAGAAAGCCAAGGGCUACCAGCUCCUAGAAGAAGAGAAAAUCGUAUCCCACUAUUUCCCUUUGACUGAGGUUGGGAUGGUGGAGACCAGUGCACUUUCUGCUAAGCCUUUCCAUCAGUUUGAGGAGAAGAUCAGCACAGGACCCCUGGGGGACUUGUCCCGGGCUUACCAAGAGACACUGCCUUCCUACGCUCAGGUGGGAGCACAGGAAGUGGAGGGGGAAGAGCCGCCUGUAGAAGAGGGAGCAGAACCAGAGGAGGGAGAGAAGAGUCAGGAACCAGAGAGAGUGACCACAGAAGGGCAGGAGAUGGUGGCAGUACCAGAGGGGGAGAAAGUAGAGCUUCCUGGAGGGGGGAAGGAGGGUGAAAAGGAAGAGCUGCCGGCUGAGAUGGUAUCAAAGCAAGGAUUGCUGGCUGAGAAGGCACCUCCACUGUGUACGGAGCUGACCACCGAAGACACCAGACCCUUGAGCAGGUUGAGCAAAGCCAGCAGCCGUGCCAGGUCAGAUGAUCUAACCAUAUGA